AAGUUAAGAUGUUAGCGUCAAUUCCGUCAAUCAGUCUGUUGGGAAGUGUCGUGCUAGUGAGUCAAAUUAUAAUGAGUUCAGGUACAGGUCAAAAUGGCUGGGGUAAUACCGGCGCCAGUUCCUGGUCAUCGUCAAGUUCAAGUGGCCUGCCAGGCCAACCUCCACAAAAUGAUUUUAGCUACAGUUAUGGUGGUGUAGAUGCCAAUGGGGUACCUUAUGGUGGUUAUGGCGGUAAUGGUGGCUUCCACAUCAAUGUAAAUGAUGCGCAGGGUCGCAGCCACACCUAUAGUGGUGGUAAUCCCACAGGUUUCCCAGGAGCUCCCGGCUUUACAGGCGUACCACCUGGUGCUCCACAACCUGGGCAGCCAGGUUAUCCGGGGCCUUUUAGUUAUUCAACCACGAAUACCCAAUAUGGUAUGGGACCAGAUGGACGGCCAUAUGCAAACUCUUCCUCAUCAUCCUCAGCUUGGUCUUCUGCAUCGGCCUGGAGUACUUUCUAUGUUAUUGCCUUGUUUUCUUUGUAUGCUAUGAUGAAGUUUUAA